CCAAAACAAGAAGUCUGAAAGUCCUUUUUGUCAAUAGUCUGAAAGUCUAUUAACCUGAACGGCUGGAUAAAGAAACAAAAAGUUGAACCCCAUCAGUUCUUAAUCAAUUCCCAACUCCUAAGCAGGCUAAACCUUUUUUCCUUGCCAGGUUCAAUUCCUUGUGGGUGCUGCACAUGGACAACUCGACCGAGGACUUUCACAGAGAGCCGGCGAGCAAGAUGGAGGCUGCGAAGGGCGAGACGAUGCGGUGCCGUCUGUUUUAGGCUGGACGAGAAGACCUCGUUGUUGAUUUGGCUAUGGAGGCUCUGACGAUGGUGCUGUUUGAGGAUUUUGAGAGCGCACCACCGAUGGGAUUGGGGUUUGACGGUGAGGAAGGUGGUUCAAAUCGGACUGUAAAAGUCAUGAAGCCAGUGGCCAGUUUCAAUCGAUGAUUAAAAUUUUGAAGAAUGGAGGUUGCAGGCGAAGAAGAUGAAGUUUCAGAAUAACCCGGAGAAGGUAAUAUGUAAUAAUUAGGGUUCUCCUUAAUAAUUAGGGUUCUCUUUACUUUCCCACUUGGAAUUAGGUUUUCCUUUACGCAGAAUAACCCGGAGAAUGUAAUAUGUAAUAAUUAAUAACCUAAUACAAACCCUAAGUUAAGGAAUCCUACUACUUGCAGGAAACUAUUUUAGAUUCCAAUUCCGAGUAUAAUUAGGGUUUGUUUCCCAGUGGGAGCCAACGAAAACUAUAUAUAUAUAGAGAGGAGUUGAUCAACUUUUCUUAGAAACAAGAAAAGCCAAUGGACUCGUCACUUGGAAAUUUGAUUUCUAAAUCUCUAAAGAGACCUGGCGAUUUAUUUUUCCCCACCCAUGGCAGCGAACUGGCCCCUCCUGACCUGCAGACUAAAAAAAUUCGCAUGACUUACAAGGCAAGCAUGGAGUACGGUGGACUUAAACCGACGGCUGAUCGACAAAACCCCGCUGCCGACCGCGAUGAAUCGUCCAACGCUCUUCCCCUUGAUCCAAAUCCUACUACUGCCCAAGGAGAUCAAAACGCUGAUUUGUUUUUGAGUCCAUCUACACCCAACAAGGCCAAGGCGCCGAUUAAUAUUGCUGAUGGCACUUCGGUUUUUUCUGCUCCUGGUUCGUCCCGUUCCCGCGAUCAGAGGUGUUCAACAACGUUGGAUUUAGCCCGAAAUUGGCCACGUACCGUUUGGCAUAGCCCGUGGAAGAUUUACAGGGUCAUCAGUGGCCACCUAGGAUGGGUUCGCUCUGUUGCUUUUGAUCCAAGCAACAGAUGGUUCUGUACAGGAUCUGCAGACCGGACAAUCAAAAUAUGGGACGUAGCAAGCGGGACGCUACAACUUUCUCUUACCGGACACAUUGGGCAAAUACGAAGUCUUGCCGUUAGCACCAGGCAACCCUAUUUGUUCUCGGCUGGCGAUGACAAACAAGUCAAAUGCUGGGACCUUGAACAGAACAAGGUUAUCCGUUCAUAUCAUGGUCAUCUUAGUGGCGUCUACAGCAUGGCUCUCCAUCCGACUCUUGAUGUUUUAGUCACCGGGGGACGGGAUAGCGCAUGCCGUGUUUGGGAUGUUCGUCUCAAGAAUGUGCAAGUUCAUGCAUUGACUGGACACGAAGAUGCAGUUUGCUCCCUUCUCACUCUCCCAACGGAUCCACAAGUUAUUAGCGGGUCUCACGAUACAACUGUCAAGCUGUGGGACCUUAGAAAGGGAAAAACCUUUUCAACUUUAACGCAUCAUAAGAAAUCGGUGCGGGCAAUGACACAUCAUCCUAAGCUAGAUCGGGGUAAUUGCUUCGCAUCGGCUUCAACAAACACCAUCAAAAAGUUCAACCUUCCGAGGGGGGAGUUUUUGCACAACAUGCUCUCCCAACAGAAGUCCAUUAUCAACGCGAUGGCCGUCAAUGAAGAUGGAGUUAUGGCUACAGGAGGCGACAACGGUAGCUUGUGGUUUUGGGAUUGGAAGAGCGGCCACAACUUCCAGCAAUCCCAAACAAUUGUACAACCGGGCUCGCUGGAGAGUGAAGCUGGGAUUUAUGCUCUUUGCUACGAUGUCACUGGCACAAGGCUGGUUACUUGUGAAGCUGACAAGACAAUCAAGAUGUGGAAACAAGACGAAAAGGCCACCCCGGAAACUCAUCCUCUAAAUUUUAGGCCUCCUAAUCUUAGAGACGUUGGGCGGUUCUAGCUCACGGUGUGCUUACUUUGUUACUACGAUAUUGAAGUUUUUUAUAAUGUUUAUUUUAAUUCUGUUUCAUAAUGUAUGCGUUAUCAUCAUGGCUUGAAUUUUAUAUGCUCAGUGUUCAUACUGCAGUAGGAAGGAAGGCAAGAAAGUGAGUGUAAAAAGUUUUUCCUUUGCGUCCUGUUGCUGAUGCAGUCUUUAGGUUUAUGUUGUUGUAUGAAUCUCUGAUUCCGGAUGUUAUCCAGCUUUGCUUUUAUGCCAACCGACUGUUGGUAGGGUGGUUGAGGCAAAGAAGACGAUACAUAAGUGAGAAUUUGUUGAAUAAGACAUUCUUCUGGCUGUUAUUCUAGCUCUGAUUAGCCUUUCAUUUUUUUGUUUUUGAUUGGUCCUGUUUCGCGGGUUUGAUUUCCUCGAGCAAAGUUUGAAUCUUAAUAUUGCAGUGAAAAUAUAGGAUAUCAAGCUGGAAAACCCAUCGCGUACUCUUUGAUUAUUGCUCAUGACAUGAGGUAGCUUGGUGCCGAAACAAAUUUGAACUUGCUGAAUAUGAACUCUAGUGUGUAUUUGUGUGCGUCUGUGUGAACAGUAUAAAGAUCGUCGUUUUUCCCGUUUAAGAUUUGAAAUUCAAGUGUGCUUAUUAGGCAAUCUGAAUUCACAGUAUUCAGGUGCAGUUGUCCGGUAAAAGUCAAUGUGUUGGAAUGUAUAUUUGGAAUUUCUGCAGAAUCUCCCAGCAGGAAUUCAAGCAUCGGGGUCGUCAUGUCUUCAGUAGAAAACAGGAAUGCUUGAUUGCCGAAAUUAUGUAAACUAUCUUGCGGUGGACCUGUUUGUUGAAAUGCUGUAGGAGUACUAUAAGAAGAUUACAUAUUCGAUUCUGGCCAAUGACUCGGUUCAGUUUGUGUACUUGGUCUGCAAUUUGAUUACCAAGGCUUUUCUUCUUCAGCGGAAGAGGAAUGGUGCUGUUGCGAAGAGGAGGAAACGAGUCUCUCCAUUCCAAGUAGAGGCAGUGUUCCAUUGCUUCUGAUGAACACAACAACGACACAUGAAGAUGCCGCUAAGGUUUUAUACUCAUAGCAGCUUGUGUAAUAUAGGUCUUGGAGAAAUAUUCCAAUUCAAACUUUGAUAUUCAUCCUUUAAACAGUUUUUCAUAUCUAACUCGUAUCUUAUUGAAUACGUGGUUGUUUUUCUUUUCCUUCUCCUUUUUGGGUUAUUGGAAGCUGGAUUAGGACUUACUUGUGAAUGUAUAUGUUCUAAUUUACACAGA